AUGCGCUGGUCCGUCGCAGCCUUGGCUGGACCCCUGUUACAGGCCGUCCUGUCCGCAGCAUCAACUCUCACGCCGCCUGUUCUUCCGUUAACUGUCAGAAACCCAUACUUUAGUGCUUGGUUGGCCAACGCCCGAGACGUUCCUUGGUCGAAAUGGCCUAUCUUCUGGACCGGCGAGGAAAUUGGCUUCUCGCUGCUGGCUCAAGUACCCAGUGCAGGCACUGUAUAUCCACUACUUGGAAGACCACAGGACUCUCUUCGGACAGAUGACAAGGCUAGAUAUACGAUCAACUAUUUAAUCUAUGGGGGAGCUACCUAUGAUGCCUCGACUACCAAUCUGACUUAUACCCUUCCCAUCUCCGACCACAAACUCGAAAUAGUCUUGUCCUUUUUAUCUCCCAUUACGCCUACGUCGACUUUGCGGCAGUCAAUUCCAGCCUCGUACCUCAAUGUCUACGUCACCGGCAACGUCGAUGUCAAUGUGUACAUCGACCUGAAUGGGCAGUGGGUCAGUGGUGACCGCGGAUCGCAGCUUGUCUGGAGCUUCGACCAUGUCAAUGCCCAAAGCGGAGCUACCAAAUUAAAGAAAUGGCAGUUUACGCGCCAGAAUGAAUUGCUGGUUUCCGAGUUUGCAGACCGAGCUGAGUGGGGGACCUUGCAUUUUGUUGCACCAAAGGAUGUUCGGCAUGAGUCUGGAACGUCGGCAAUAUUGCGGGAUCGAUUUGCUCGAACGGGCAUCCUACAAGAUGCUGUGGACACCCGCUUCAGAUCCAUCAUGGACGAGGAACCAGUAUUUGCAUUUUCCAAACAUUUCGCUCUUAACACCACCCAUUCAUCCACUAAGUCCGACUCGGUACAGUUCACAAUUGCUCAUACCCAAGAUAUCGUCGUUCAGUAUGCCUCUGCACGGGGACUAACCUACAUGCGACCUCUAUGGAAGUCAUGGUUCAAUACGAAUGACGAUCUUUUAGCAUUUCACUAUGCUGAUUUUUCGAAUGCGAGCGCCCUGGCAUCUAAUUACUCAGCUCAAUUGGCCAUAGACGCAUACAAGUCUGGUGCUGACGACUACGUGGGCAUUGUCACACUUUCGGCCCGCCAGGUGCUGGGUGCCACCAGUUUUGCCGGAACUGCGGAGGACCCCUUGCUGUUUUUGAAAGAAAUCUCAUCUGAUGGUAACACGCAAACAAUUGAUGUCAUCUAUCCCGCGUUUCCAUUCUUCCUGUACACCAGCCCUCGUUGGUUGGCCUAUCUCCUGGAGCCGUUGAUUGAACACACAUUGAGUGGACAAUAUCCAAAUAAAUACGCUAUGCAUGAUCUAGGAACACACUUUCCCAAUGCGACAGGGCAUCCAGACGGAAGAGAUGAAUACAUGCCAGUCGAAGAAUGCGGAAAUAUCCUCAUCUUAGGAUUAGCGCUGGUGAAUUCCUUGCGCUACAGCGAUGAUCAUGAGUCUAUCUCUCUGUGGGCUGCUCAGGGUGCUUUGGUGCCGGAGUUGACAGAUGAACAAGCUCCUCUAUUUACUCUGUCGAAUUUGCAGACAAUCUCCGAGAUCGGGCACCAAGAUGGCAAAUGGGGUGGAGAAGGUCGUGGUGCAAAACAUGCCCGUCAGUGGAUUCAAAGAAGCUAUAGGUUGUGGAAGCAAUGGACUGGUUACCUGGUAGAUUUUUCAUUGGAGCCAGAGAACCAGCUGUCGACCGAUGACUUUGCUGGAUGGCUUGCUCUCCAGACGAACCUUGCUCUAAAGGGCAUCAUUGGUAUCAAUGCCAUGAGUCAAAUCGCGGACAUUGCAGGCGAGGCGUCAGACGCGGCCUAUUUCAAGCGCAUUGCGGAUGAUUACAUCGCGAAAUGGGAGGAAUUUGGUAUGUCCCGUGACGGAACACAUGCCAAAUUGGCAUAUGAUUGGUACGGUUCAUGGACCACAUUGUACAACAUUUAUGCCGACGCGCAGCUCUGCUUCCAUCUGGACGGCGCAGGCAAUGUAUACGAUGGAUCGGUCCAGGUACCACUAUCAAGUAAAAAGCAAGGUUUUGUACCAAGACACAUUUACCAGAAACAGUCAAAUUGGUACCACUACGUCCGGCAGAGAUAUGGCCUUCCUCUUGACAGUCGCCACCUAUACACCAAGACUGACUGGGAGUUCUUCUCCAUGGCUGUCGUCAGUGAACAAGUUCGCAGCGAGAUCCUUGAAUCUGUGGCUACCUGGGUGAACGAAACCGAAACCGAUCGGCCAUUUACCGACCUUCACGAGACUGAAGGGAAGGGUGGGUAUCCAGGCAUAUUUUUCAUUGCACGUCCUGUCGUUGGAGGCCAUUUCGCAUUUUUAGCUCUGCAGCGAGCCUGUGGUGGCAAGGCCAUGGAUGGAUUGUCUUUCUUGGACGAUGUUGACCCUGACUCGGAUACUGUCGCUGCUGCAGCCGCUACCGAGUUCAAUCGUAUGCUACGGCCGUCGUUGAAUGGCGAGCUAUGACCACAACCAACGAUAUGGAAUGUGAAUCUGUAUAGUGAUGGUGGACCUUUCAAAUAACCUUAGAAUCUGAUGUAGGAGUCAGUGAAGCUCACGAUACAUGCAUGAAAAGGGGCUAUGGAGAGGCAUUUUAUCCGUAUUCUUAUUCUUUUGACGGCAUAUUUGUUACACUAUCGUUAGAUGGAGUCACUCUUUGCAGCUUAGGUUACACCCUCAUAUAUCAAGACGUCAUUGCCUUACUAUCCUUACCUGAGAAGUAUAAGGUGAAGACAGCCUAAGUACCCAGGUACUUAUAACUCAAAUUCCCUGAUAUGUAUGCUCCUGUUGCCAAAAGAAAGAAAAGUGGACCGAUCGAUUGAAAAUAAAUAAAAAUCUUUUUCACUUGUCCUUUGCACACAAUCAACUAAUCAAUAAAUAAAUUAAUCAAUUGACUCUCUUCUCCAUCAGCGUACAUGCUUGAAAAUCGAGGCUAUGUUUCUUAUAUCAGAUUAACCUCCUGUGGCAAAAAAAA